UUUUUAAUUUACAUGUGCUUCUAAGUUAAUAGAACUAAACACAUGUGUAUGUAUUAAUUGCUAUAUACGUCAUAAUUUCAACCAUAAUAUUAAAUUAUGGUAUGUAUUAUUAAAAAGUAUAGUUUAAUGUAUAUAUUAAAUAUAUAUCAUUUAUUCGUAGAUUUCAAAUAUGGAUACUGGAUCAAAGAAGGAGAUUAAAGAAAUGAUUACCAAAGAUAUAUCGAAUAUACAUAAUUAUUCCUUGGAUGUUAAAAAAUAUAUUAACAACCAGCUUGAAGACACUCUGGAUUAUUUACAUGGUUUAAUUGCUGAAAUACCACAAUCAGUCCCUGGCCCUUCAACUACAAAGAGGCCGAAAGUUUUGAAGAAAAAAGGUUAUCGCCGUAAAGAGACUAUCCCAGAAAAUGAUAUUAUCAAUACUGAUAAUACAGUAACAGAUUCAGCAGUACAUGAUAAAACAGAAAAUAAAGAUGUAAAAACUGGGGAUGUGCUGGAAACAACAAUUGACCGAACAAAAAGAAAGGCUGCAAUAAAAGCUGCAAUUAAUAUUAAAAAGCAGCAGUCAAUGUCACUUGUUACAAAAUUACGAAGGCUAACUCUUGAUGAUGACAGUAAUAGGAAACGUGGAGGCCGACCUAAAAAAAAGGAAAGUGCUAGAAGUAGUUCAGAUGAAAAAAACACAAAAGGUCCUACAAAACAUAGUAAAACAAAAAAGAAUGUUUUAAGCGAAACAAUUUCAAAAGAAGAUGCAAUACAGCCAGAAAGGAUUGAACCAUUAAAGUCUUCAAUGACAACAAGAGAUAGAUAGACAACAAUAUAAAGAGAACUUUUUCACGGAGUGAAAACACGAAGGGUAAAUA